AUGAUUCAGCUAAUAGCACCAUGUCCCUCUUCAUGUGUGGUGUGCUCUGAAGAGAUUACUCUGUGUCAAGGAUUAACGUAUAUACUAGCUGCCCCAGCAUCUACAAAAGCUUUGAUUUUUACUGAUGGAAAUAUCACUUCAGUAGAAGGCUUUAACUUGUCUUUCUUGUUAAAUGCAACUUUACUUACACUUAGUAACAAUGGAAUUGCAACAAUUAGAGAUGAUGCUUUUCUUGGACUUAGAACACUGAAGACCUUGCAGCUGGACCAGAACCAAAUAUUAAGCUCUUCUAUAACAUACAGCACAUUUCAUGAACUUCAAAAACUGCAAGUAUUGGUGCUCAGCAACAAUAUUUUGAGCAGCAUUCAUGGUACCUGGUUCAAGAACAUGAAUGAGCUUAUUAGACUCCAUUUAAAUGGGAAUCAGCUCACUAGCGUCACAGGUGAAAGCUUUGGAAUGGCAAACCUUGGCAAACUCAGUAGCCUGGAUUUAUCAAAUAACUUCAUUACUUCCAUUGAGAAGAAUGCCUUUCAAGGUCUCAUCCAGUUGGUGGAAAUGGAUCUUUCUAGAAACAGGAUGACCCUUAUUUUUGACACAUUUUCCUCACUGGCUCAUUUAAGUCUUCUAAGUUUAGACCAGAAUCAGUGGAACUGCACGUGCCAACUUUAUGAUCUAGCCUCUUUCCUAAGGAAAUAUGUGAACUCAUCCGGAACACUAAAAAAUGCUGAGAACACGAGGUGCAGAACUUCUGAAAACCCGUCAGUGAUCAAUCUGCUUGAACUCACAGAGGUCAACUGUAAGUCAUCACUUAAACGUCUCCCUGGUAAUAUAAAAAACAGGAGGAGGAACUACAGGAGAGACAUUGCCCUUGUAGCUGUUUUUUCCUUUCUAGGAGGUGUUGGUCUCACUUGCCUAGUUUUAGCCCUCUUUAACAGGAAACUUCAACACGGCAAAGCAAAUGAACACACAUCAGAAAACUGCUGUUGCAGAACCUUAGAUGAAUCCCAGUGUGGUCAUGAGCCAAGAAAUUACCUCACUAAGGGAUACUGUAACUGCCACUUAACUCGGGAAAAUGAAAUAAAGGUCAUGUCCAUGUUGGGGUCUGGCAGGGAAAUGCCACUUUUACAGGAAAAUAGCCAUCAAGAAACAGUAAAGGCAGAGUCUAAGGGCACAGGCCUAAAAAUGCCACUCAGAAACAUUCAAAAGGAGAAUGAACAGAUGAAAAAUGACCAUUUCUUGUGCCUUAACUGUAGACUGCUACAGUCUUAUCCUCAAGAGUCUUCUUGGAAUAUUGAUGUGCCUAAUGAGGAAGAUGUAUCACCCCAAAAGCAUUUCCAAAGAAGAAUCAGAAGCCCAGACAAUGUUGGGCAGCGGGAGGAAGAUUCACAAGCUAGACAAUUAGAGGACUUUUCAAAACUGAAUAAAGGAAUCAAAAGUGACAUAUUUUGCAGAAGAUGUGCAAAAGGGAAGCUUGGAAACCAGUCAGCAAAUGAGUUGUGGCAAUCUCUAUCUAAAACUGAGGACACCAACUGCUUAAAGUCUCACAGGCAAAGGCAUUUUAUUACAGACUUGUCAUUGGCACCCAACUUAACAGAAGAUUCAGAGGAACAUUGUGUACAAGCUGCAUUAGAAAGUCAUAGAUCACACUGGAAUGAUCAAUGUGGAUCGCAAGAAAGAAGCAAAAAUAUUUCUCCACAGUUAGACAACUUUCUUAUCUGUAAAUGCAUAGAUGGUGAAAAAAAUCACAACCACCCAACAGAAAAGAAACAGAACUCUGGCAAAAAUUUUAAGUUGGAAAAAGAACAGAGUGCACUUGAGAGUGGAAAUGCAGGGGAUUGCUGUAUGAGUGAUGACGAAAUGCCAUUCCCCUUAAUAGUCAAGAGACCAUAUCAGCCCAAGAGUGUUAGCUUUUAUGUACCUAACCUGGGAACUCCAAAGAGAGAAGAUGUAACAAUGAGUGGCUCAAGUGAGGUGACAGCCCCUAAGAAAAGUGAUUCAGAAGGAAAAGGUAAAGAAAGAAAACUAUCUCUCAUCUCUGCAUGUCCAGGGGGGAAAGAAAAAGAAUUCAAUGAGAAACAUAAAAUAAAAGCUAAAAACCAGGAGUCUCUAAUGGUGAAAUUAAAUUUACAUCCCUUUCAAAAAGCUAGAGUUCAUCCUGCAAAAGGAAACACAGAGCAAAACCAGCCUAGUCAACACAGAAGUUUAACUGAAGCCCAUCAGAAACUAUUGCAUUCUUCCAAGAAGGAAGCAAUUAAAAGAAAAAGAAAAGCAAAACCAGAGUUAUCUGUGGCUCCUCAAGAGACAUUAAACAGCAGAAAAAAGGUGAUUUCCUCUAGACCAAAUAUCAACCAACCGCCUGAAGAAAAUGGCAAUAACACAGCUACAUGUAUCUCUUGUCCUUCAAAGACUAAUUCUGCCAUCAGAAUUAUUGAAGACAGCUCACCAGCAAGUCAUUUACAAGCUCCAAAGUACAUCAGCAACUCACAUUCACCAAACGGAACUCCAAGGAUGACUGUUUCCAUGACUGCUCUUUCAUCUGACAACAGUAUUUCACAGAGUACAGCAACUGAUAUUCCCGCUAUAUUAGUGAGUUCUGAAGCACUUAAGGAAGAUACUCCAGAUACUUCACUUUUGUCCUUUCAUCAAAAACCUCUCGUGACUUCCACAAAUCUUCAAAUGCCAGAUGGACUGAUUGGAACUAACAACAUGGAAAAAUAUGGACCAAAAAGAGCUGAUGAAAAUCCAGAAAGCAACAAUGGGUUGUCUAGAACGUUUGUGCCAGAUGCACUGAUAGCCUCAGUGGUUCUGAAAGAGGAAAGUGUACAAACAGGGGAGGAGUGGCCACAUAACAAAAGCGAAAUAUUUCAGAAAAGUAUGGUCAAAGUGUCUGUACUCUCUAACAUAACAAGUUUCUCUAGUAAUCCUGAAAUGGGAAACAUGGCUCUGGACAGGAAUGUCAGUUUUGAAAUGAACAAUGAUGUGCAUAUGAAUGAGAGUGACAUGAAAGAAGCUCCAAACAAUCAAUCUGAUGAAGGUAGCAGGGAACAUAAAGACGGUAAAAUGCCACCAGAGCCAUCUUUGUUAUCAGAAUGUAAAGUUGUCAGUUAUGGUGAAGAAGCUGAACAGUCUUUAAUUCCUUGCAGUACAAAUAAAGCUGAAAUCUCUGUCCUCAAACCGACACUGUCUUCUACUUCUGCUGAUUAUGAUAAAAAAUCACCUUUACAGAUGGAACAAAGCAAAACAAGUUUUUCAAAUAAUAAUUAUCCUUCUUUACUUUGCUAUAAAGACAAAAAACCAUUUUCUAUAUGA